AUAGCGUAUCCCCUUCAUAGGCGGGCGCUGCGCAAAAAGUGCCACGACUCCAAAAGUCAGCGGCGAUUCUUAAUCACUGUGUGUUUGACCUAAGGAUCGGGAUUAGAAGGGAAAGGACUGCGCAAAGAUGGAUGUGUACGACCCUCAAACUCUGGGAAUUGUGGUGUUUGGUGGCUUCAUGGUGUUCUCUGCAAUUGGCAUUACGCUUGUGUCAACAUUUUCCAUGAAGGAGACAUCGUAUGAGGAAGCAUUGGCCAAACAGAAGCAUGACUCUGACAAGAUCCAACCCCAGCGCUCUGACAAGAAGAAAAAGGCAUCUGAAAAGAAAAACAAGACCAAGAAGGAGAAGCCAAAUGGGAACCUUUCAGAGCCUGAGCCUAUCCAUGAACCUGUGGUUGAGAACGGUGAGCCCAAUGCAGCGCCCCAAGUUAAACUAGAACUGGAACCCCAAACUGAACCUUUGCCUGUUCCUGAACCUGAAGUUAAACCCAAGCCUGUUGUACCUGAACCAGCUCCUAAGAUUGUUAAGUGUGCGGUCCCUCCCACUGUAAAUGCUGUGGUGGCCCCACUAGCUCCUUCCCCCAAGGAGAAGAAAAAGAAGUUGGCCAAGGUGGAACCGGCCCCAGUCAAACCUGUAGAGGUCCCAGAAGUUGUAGUUAAGGUGGAACCAGUAGUUGCAGAGGUGGCAGUGAAAGCAGCUGUUGCCACUGAGGUUGCUCCUUCCCCCAAGGAGAAGAAAAAGAAGAAGUUGGCCAAGGUGGAACCGGCCCCAGUCAAACCUGUAGAGGUCCCAGAAGUUGUAGUUAAGGUGGAACCAGUAGUUGCAGAGGUGGCAGUGAAAGCAGCUGUUGCCACUGAGGUUGCUCCUUCCCCCAAGGAGAAGAAAAAGAAGAAGUUGGCCAAGGUGGAACCGGCCCCAGUCAAACCUGUAGAGGUCCCAGAAGUUGUAGUUAAGGUGGAACCAGUAGUUGCAGAGGUGGCAGUGAAAGCAGCUGUUGCCACUGAGGUUGCUGCCCCCCCUAAAGCUGAAGAACCCAAAACUGAAGCUCCAACCAAAAAGAAGUCUAAGAAGAAGCCUGAGCCAGUGGUUUCUGUGGAAAUGGUCGAUGCUCCCCAGCCAUCAGCAUAUAAAACUGUGGUUUCCAGUCUGACUAGUGCAUCAUUCAAUGAGUCAGAGAUACAGAAACUCUUUGAGAUCAUCAGCAAGAAGGCAGGAAAGGACUCCUGGCAACUGGCAUCUCAAAAGGGUGACCCAAUGGCGGCAUUGAAGAAGCAGCUUGAGGAAAAGGAAAAGCAGCUGACCACUGAGCAGGGAAACGUAGCUGCAGCCAAGACCCGUGUCAGGGAGCUUACCAAGGAGCUGAGUUCUGCAAAGAGCAAGGUGACAUCUAUAGAGACCCAUAUGAGCUCUGAGCUGAGCACCCGUGGCCAGGAGAUUGCUGCUCUUCAGGCUCGUAUACAGGAUUCUGACCAGGAGCAUGUCAAGGAGACACAACAGCUCAACAGCAAGAUCCAAAGCCUGCAGGAGCAGCUGGAGAACGGACCGAAUGCUCAGCUGGCCCGUCUGCAACAGGAGAACUCCAUUCUCAGAGAUGCCCUCAAUCAAGCCACUAGCCAGGCCGAAAGCAGGCAGAAUGCAGAGUUGGCAAAGUUGCGUCAGGACUGUGUGCAUCUCAGCCAAGAGCUGAAUGAGCGCACGGCCGCUCAGCAAGCUGAAGAAGAGAGCAGGAAGACUCUGGAAACAAAGAUGGCGGCUGCCGAAGAACAGCUAGCACAAACAAAAGUGUCCCAUGGGGAAGCAAAGCAGGCUCUGCAGAAGAAGUUGGAUCACGUCACUGAGGAACUCCGUGAGGCUCAGCAGAGCAGCACCACCCUUCAGGCUCAAGCAGACGCAGCAAAGGAGCAAGCCAAGACCCUCACCGAACUCCAGGAGCGUAUGCGUGCUACAGAGACGGAGCUGAAAGACAGAUGUGAAGAGCUGGAGAUACUGAGAGCACAGCUGUCUCAGGAAAAGCCCUCUGUGGAGACGGAAGCAGCAGAACAGGCGGAGGUCCAGAAGGAGGUUGAACAUUUGAGGAGCAGUCUGAAAGAGAGGGAAGACCAGCUGACCUCACUGGACGCAGAGCUUCAUCAGCUGAGGGAGGAGCUUGACACCGUAAAAAGAACUCAGGCUGAGGAAACUCUGAAUAGGGUAAAUGAGGCCAACACCGAACGGAAGGAAUACACCGCAGAGAUCGACCAACUUAAAACCAGUCUGAAAGAGAAAGAGGAUUUGGUGGCAUCCCUACAGGCUCAGCUGGAUAAAAUGGAAAGUGCUGGUACCACUGUAGCAGAGGCACCAUUUGAGAAUCUGGAGAAGGAUGCACGCAUGAUCUCACUGGAGGAGGAACUUCAACAGCUUAAAGAAGAGAUGGAGAGAAUUAAGGCCAAGAGCAAUGAGCUGUGUGAGAAGAACUAUGCUGCGGUGGAGGCUUUGGCUUCUGCUGAGAGGCUGAGUGAAGAAAGACUGAGCCAAUCCAAGGCUACACAGAGUGAAAUUGAGCAGCAGCUGAGCUCUUUUCAGACAGACACCAGAAACGCCUUCCAGAAACUCUUCCCUCACAUCAGCAUAGAAACACAACAGUCCAACUGGCUGGAAGCUUUCACACAUGAAGCACAGAAGACCCUGGCACACAGUCCAGCAGAACAGCAGCACACAGAGUCAAGCUCCGAUUUGACGGAUUUGCAGCAGAAACUCGCUCUGUCAGAGGAGAGCCAGAGAUCACUUCAGGCAGAGUGUGAACAGUACAGAACAACUCUCAGUGAAACGGAGAGCAUGCUGAAAGCUCUGCAGAAGAGUGUCGAGGACGGUGAGCUUACAUGGAAUUCAAAGAUUUCAGAUGCUGAGCAGCAAAAACAGGCGGCCCUGGAUCAGGUGAAGGUCCUAGAGGAGACGAUCGAGAAGAUAAAUGCAGAAACACAAGACACAGAUCAGCUGAAGGGGCAGGUGAUGCUUUUGGAAGCACAGCUGGAGAAACAACUGGAGUCCAUAACCAUCAGUCAAACAUAUGCAGAAGAGAUGUCUCAGCUGAAGGCAUUGCUCUCGGAAACUCAGGUCCAGCUGGUGUCAGCCAAAGCGGAGGCUCAGGGACAGAGAGCAGAACUUUCACUGGUCAGGCAGGAGAUACAGGAAGUGACUCUGCAAGUACAGAAACAGGAGAGUGCACAGUCUACUCAGGUGAAAACAGAGCUGGAGGAGGAAACAAAUAAAGUGCAGACAGAAGAGGACAUUCGACAGCAGGUUGCAAAGCACUAUGAACAGGCUCAGAAGUGCGUCUGGGAUCUCGAAGCUCAGUUAGAAAAGUUGCAAGCUGCUGGAGAAGGACCGACUGCAGAACUUAAGGAGAGACUGGAGAAAGAGAAGAAGCUGACAUUAGACCUCGGCCAGGCAGCCACUAAACUUCAACAGCUUCUGAAAAGCACUCAGGAAGAGCUAGACAAAGAGACCGAGACAGUGAAGAACCUGCAGGAACAGUUACAUGACAAGGAAGCUGAAGAGUCUAAAGAAGGGACGUCUGUUUGACAGAAUAAACCCAACAACCCAAGUGCCUUAUUUGUUCUCAAGCAUGAUUUACUUUUGUAUUCUCUGCUACUGUAGCAAAUAUGCUGACUGUUAUUAGCCAGCGAGGAAGCAUAUCAAUAUAUUUUGAUCAUUAGGUGAUUUGAACACCGCUCACAGUGUUAAAAGGGAGCAGUGCUCGAGUGAAAGCUACAUCGAGUGAAAGAUACUCAUGCAAUCGCUCUUUAUCUUUUGUUUGCAUGUUCUCAUGAGGGUCAAUGGAAGGAACAUUUCAUGAUGCAGCAAUGCAAGACAAGCUACUACACUUUUGUAGUUCAGCUGGUAACAAAUGUGACGAUAAUGAUAUAAUAAUAAACGAUGUACUUGAA